GUGUUUUCUGUUUAUCGCGAUUGGAUUUGGAAUUGCUCUCUUCAAUCCUCUGCAACUUCUGCCAUCUCUAAUCCCUUCCAUUGCUGGCUUGUUCUUCAUCAACCUUUUCUGCAUGGUUUGUGUCAAGUUUACCCGGAAUGAGUUCUGUUUGGAAUCAAAAUCCACCAUUGGUGUCGAAUUCGCUACAAGAACUCUUCAGGUCGAGGGGAAGACCGUGAAGGCGCAAAUAUGGGACACUGCGGGUCAAGAAAGGUAUCGAGCAAUCACAAGUGCGUAUUAUAGAGGAGCAGUCGGUGCCCUUUUGGUGUACGACAUAACAAAAAGACAAUCUUUUGAAAAUGUACAAAGGUGGCUUCGUGAGCUAAGAGACCAUGCGGACUCGAAUAUUGUCAUCAUGUUGGCGGGAAACAAGUCCGAUUUGAACCAUCUAAGAGCCGUACAAGAAACCGAUGGUCAAGGGUUAGCAGAAAAGGAAAACCUUUCCUUUCUAGAAACUUCUGCAUUAGAAGCUCUUAAUGUCGAAAAGGCAUUCCAAAUGAUUUUAUUGGAUAUUUAUCAGAUAAUUAGUAGGAAAGCACUGGCGGCUCAGGAAGCCGCCGCUGCGGUUCCUACCCAAGGGACCACCAUAAAUGUUGGUGAUUAUAAUAAUAAUGGUAAACAAAAAGGUUGUUGUUCUCAUUAAAAAGGAAAGUGUAUUUGUUGUAUAUUUGGUCCUUUUUUUUUGUGGAAAGUACACAUGGAAAUGAAAAGUUGAAAAAAAAAGGAAAGUACACAUGGAAAUGAAAAGUUGAAAAAAAAAAAAAUAGUAGGAAUGUUGUUGAGAUAUUAGAAGGUUGGUUUCUUGCUUUAGAGAUUGAGAAAUAGGGUAAUGAAGUUUUGUAUAUGGGUAUUUUGUUUGAGUUUAU